AUGAUCAAUUCCUCACCGGCCGAGUACGCGUUCAUUCGCGUGUGUAUCUUUGGCCUACAAGCGAUCACGCCUCUCAGCAUUGGCUACACGGCCUACUAUACCCUACGAUGGGUGAAGCGGCGAAGUGACUGGCCAGCUCUGCCUCUGGCUCUCACAGCAUGGUGUGCCGCCGAGACACUCUUCUACUUCGCAGUGCAGCUACCUCUGCAAUACCAGAUUCAGAAGGAAGCCAUCCAUCCACCCCUACUAUCGAAGACGAAACGAAUUCAGCUUUUCGAAAGAGUCAUAAAAGAUGUCAGUCCUGCCGACCUAGAGCGUCAUAUUCGGUGGUGGUUCAGAGGUUCGCCGUUGUCAAGCAUUGGCCGUGAAGGGCUCAAAGACUGGCUGGCCUGGGCAUUCUUUGAGGGUCGCAUAGACAAAGACGGUGCAGGAGAUGAACUGGAACGUUAUACCAGUCAUUUUGAACACAUAUUGGACACGACUUUCGCAGCCGGCCACGGGACUGCGGUACCGAUAAGAUUGACUCUGGACAAGGUCGACUCUAGCACCAGGAGCUUGGCAUGGUACCUCUGUGUUGGCUUUGUAGAUUUCUUGGUGUACAAUCGUCUAUGCUGGAAUGGCUUUCGGCAUUAUCGACAGCCAUUCGGACGCUUCUUUGGCCUAUUUCCGCUGCGACCGAUUGCUCUCACCGCGAAGCAAGUUUCUCCGGUCAAGCACUUGACCUAUUGGCAUCGUCCACACACUGCAAAGGAUAGGCUACCUGUGCUCUUCAUCCAUGGUAUCGGAAUCGGUCUCUACCCGUAUGUUGACUUCCUCAAGGACCUGCUACAACAUGUCGACAACGACAACGGGCAAGCUUCCCACAAGGACCAAGGACAAAUCGGCAUCCUCGCUCUGGAAAUAAUGCCAGUCUCUUUUCGCAUAACACACUCUGCGCUUUCAAAGCAGGAGAUGUGCGAUGAGGUCAACAAAGUUCUGGAGUAUCACGGCUGGGAUAGAUGUGUACUCGUCGGCCAUAGCUACGGCACAAUCAUCGCCACCCACAUGCUACAGACUGAGCUUCUCCAGCCAAAAAUCGCUUCGGUGCUCCUUAUUGAUCCGGUCUGCUUCCUGCUUCAUCACCCGGACGUGGCAUACAAUUUUACGGUCCGCAAGCCAACCCAUGCCAACGAGUGGCAACUCUGGUAUUUUGCCUCUCAAGAUCCCGGAGUUGCGCACACUCUUGGCCGAAGAUUCUUCUGGUCUGAGAAUGUCCUCUGGCUUGAUGAUCUCUCCCCACUGAUGCAAAAGUAUGGCAUGCGGGUCACCGUCAGCCUGGCAGGACGCGAUCUGAUCGUGAAGACGGAUACCGUGGGACGAUAUCUUGCUGGCGCGAAGCCUCAAAAGGAUGGCAAAUGGGAUGAUAAUUGGAUGGAGAAAGAGUGGACUAGCGAAGGGCUUGAAGUUAUCUGGAAUGAGGACACGGAUCAUGCACAGGUCUUUGACUCGGCAAAGAAACGCGCCAAGCUGGUAAGAGUGGUAAGGAAGUAUUGCGAGCUGGAGUGA